AUGGUCUCGCCACAGCCCAACAACCGGGUCAUCGUGUACGGCUAUCCCGCGUCACCGUUCUACCAAAAGAUUACGUUCCUGCUCGACCACUAUGGCGUGUCGUGGACGCUGGUUGAUGUACCGCCUAUCAUGCCACGGCCUCAACUUUCGCAACUGCUCGGCAUCACCUACCGUCGCAUUCCCGUGGUCUUUAUCGACGGUCGAGCGUACAUCGACACGACGGCUGCAGCGCUUGCUCUGGAAGCAGCUUUCGGACGCUCAUCCAACAAAGCACUGCUUCGACAGUUUGCUGCGCUACAGUUGCAGCUCGCUAUUAACUGGGCAGAGUCGAGCCUGUUCCGGUUGGGCGCGGGACAUCUUUACAACAUUCCGUUGGCCAAAGAGUUUGUUCAGGACAGAAAGAGUUUCAUGCCCGGUGGCAGCUUUGAUUCCGAAUCAAUGAAGCAGCGGAUCGCGUUCGUCAGGAGCCAGCUGAUGGCCAAUCUCGAAGCUAUCGAAACGCACCUCAAGGAGGGCAACGGCAAAUUCUUGUUCGGAGACGAGAUUCAGUAUCUGGACUUGAGCCUGUACGUGCCCUUGAACUGGGUACAGACUCAACUCAGGACGGGACAUGAUUUGCUCCCUGUGCCAUCGAAAGGUCAACAGGAUUGGAGGCAGUAUCCGUUCCCUCGGACUCUCAGUUGGCUAGCAAGCGUCCGAGAAUACCUUGGAAAGCACAAAGUGAACCCCACCAAGCUGUCAGCCCAAGAUGCGGCAGAGGUGAUCUUUGAACAAUCCGCAACAAACUCUUCCAAGGUGGAAAGCCAGUUACAAAUCAGUAAGGAGGAUCCGUUGGUGAAAGCGGGUUGGAUCAGUGGCGAGAAGGGCCAGAAGGCGAGUGUGACGCCUGUGGACACGGGCCGUGUACCGCAAGAGGGCAAAUUGGUCGGGCUGGAUGGGAACAGCAUCACGCUCAAGAUCGAGGCUGGGCAAGGUGGUAAGAGUUUAUUGGCGACCUUUCCCAGGGUCAACUUUGACGUGAGAGCCAAAGAGGGUGCUAAACUCUAG